AGACUGCUAUUUGCGACUUACUCUCGAUUGCAUCGUCUCCUUCAUCUCCAUAACCAAAAUCACACUCUCACUCUCCGCACCAACUUCAACCUCAAAGAUGGCUUCGGUUUCACUCCCGUCGAUCGCUCUUUCGGCAACACGUUCUUUCCAAGACAAGCGCAAGGACAAGACAAAGUCAGGAUGCUUGUUUAAAAGUGCUUUCUUCGGAAACAAAAAACAACCUCUCUCUAUGGAAACACAGUCCCAUGGUAGAGUUACUAUGGCUGUAGCUACCAACACUUCAAGAUUCGACAAUAUAACAAUGGCUCCCCCUGACCCAAUUCUCGGAGUUUCGGAAGCAUUCAAAGCUGACACAAGUGAAAUGAAACUCAACCUUGGUGUUGGAGCGUAUCGUACAGAAGAACUCAAACCAUACGUGCUUAAAGUUGUCAAAAAGGCUGAGAAUCUUAUGCUGGAAAGGGGAGAAAACAAGGAGUAUCUUCCAAUCGAAGGUUUGGCUGCAUUCAACAAAGCUACAGCUGAAUUGUUGUUUGGAGCUGAUAAUCCCAUCCUUCAUCAACAAAGAGUUGCCACCAUUCAGGGUCUCUCGGGAACUGGGUCCCUUCGAGUUGCUGCAGCACUGAUUGAGAGAUACUUUCCCGGAGCACAAGUUCUAAUAUCAUCUCCAACAUGGGGUAAUCACAAGAAUAUUUUCAAUGAUGCUAGAGUUCCUUGGUCCGAGUACCGAUACUAUGAUCCGAAAACAGUCGGCCUAGAUUACGAAGGGAUGAUUGCCGACAUAAAAGCAGCUCCGGAAGGUUCCUUCGUGCUUCUUCACGGGUGUGCUCACAACCCGACAGGCAUUGAUCCAACUCUCGAACAAUGGGAAAAAAUUGCUGAUGUUAUUCAAGAAAAGAACCAUAUUCCGUUCUUCGAUGUUGCUUAUCAGGGUUUUGCUAGUGGAAGUCUAGAUGAAGAUGCAUCUUCAGUGCGACUGUUUGCUGCGCGAGGAAUGGAGCUUUUAGUUGCGCAAUCAUACAGUAAAAAUCUCGGUCUUUAUGCCGAAAGGGUCGGUGCGAUUAAUGUUCUAUGUUCAUCAGCCGAUGCAGCUGUCAGGGUGAAGAGCCAGCUGAAAAGAAUAGCAAGACCAAUGUACUCAAACCCUCCUGUUCACGGGGCCCGGAUUGUCGCUAACGUUGUUGGAAAUCCGGAUUUCUUUAACGAGUGGAAAGAAGAAAUGGAAAUGAUGGCGGGUAGAAUUAAAAGCGUGAGACAAAAGUUGUACGAUAAUCUCUCUGCAAAGGAUAAAAGCGGAAAAGAUUGGUCUUUUGUUCUUAAACAGAUCGGCAUGUUUUCUUUUACCGGUCUCAACAAAGCUCAGAGCGAUAACAUGACGGAUAAAUGGCACGUUUAUAUGACGAAAGAUGGAAGAAUAUCGUUGGCUGGUUUAUCUGCUGCAAAAUGCGAGUAUCUUGCGGAUGCCAUCAUUGAUUCAUACCACAAUGUCAGUUAGAAAAGAAUCACUUCAAAUUUAAAGAACGCCAUCAAUAAUUUAAACUCGUUUAUGCAGUCUCCAUACAGUUUUGCCGAAUAGUUGGCGGCGCAGUUUGUUGCUCGUCUAAAAAAAAUAUGCAGUCUCCAUACAAUUUUGCCGAAUGGUUGUAAUAAUGAAAACUUGUUAGGAAGUCAUGUGUUGGAUCUUUUAUUCUUUUCGUAUCAAGAUCGAAGCUCGAGAGUAGCGGCUUGCAAUA